AUGGCACCAAAGAAAUAAGCAUAAAAAAAACAAACUCAGACAACUAAGAAAUAACCAACUAAAAUAGAGAAGGUUCAACCAGCACCAAUAGUUCCAAAUGCUGCAUAGAAUAAACCUAAGAACAAUAAACCAGAUUUCUAUUUUGUGAUUCCCCAAGAUGAAGAAGAGCAUUACAGAAGAGAAGUGUACCAAAGGAGAGAAAAUAGAAAUAAGAGUUGCAUAGAUAUCAAUGAAAUUAGACAGGAUAAUUUCGCGCCUCAAGAGAUUCCUGCUAUUAACAAGGUAACUUAAAAAAUUGUGAUCGAGCAAGAAUGCACCAAUGAUAAUACACAGUUAUUUACUCUGAAUCCAUCAGAAUAAUCAACCAGCUUUUCUAGAUAAUUAAAUAAACCUAAAAUAAUAUCCAUAAAACCCAAAAAGCUAUUAAGUACUGCUAAAACUCAAGACCAAUCAAUGGACAUGGAGGAUGAUUGGUAUGAAGAACUUAACAAGGACAUCAAUCAUACCAAACAUUUCCUAUUAGGAGUUCCAAAACCACAAUCAGAUCAUAAAGAGAAAUCCUUAACAACUGAAAGGAAUUCUACCACUAAGAACAUUAAGAAGAUGGACCUUGAUUUACAAAUUGAACCUUCCUAAACAACUGCUAAGUUAACAAAGGCUAUGAAAACUAAAUUAGAUUCCAUGAAUGAGUGUUACAAUUCCCUAUUAGAAGCAACAGUCCCAGACGAGAUUCUCUGUAGAGAUUAAGAAAAAGACUUAAUUACUAAGUUUAUUGAAGAUGGCAUAAAGAACAACGGUCAAUCUUAAGCAUUAUACAUCUCUGGAGUUCCAGGAAUUGGUAAGACUGCAACUGUUAUGGAAGUCUAAAAGAAGUUGUCAAGUAAAAAGGAUAACUUUUAAUUUAUCUAUGCAAAUGCUAUGAAUUUUGGACUGCCAGACAAUAUUUAUUCCUUUUUGUUGGAGAAACUUACAAAUAUAAAGGAUGCUUCAAAGGUUCAAGCAUGCAUUUUGUUAACUGAACUCUUCACUAAGGGUUGCUUACCUGCUACAUACAAGGCUUAUGAGAAAUCGGUUGUUAAAAAGAAUAGAGUAAUUUUAUUAGAUGAAUGUGAUAAUCUAUUCACUCCUGACUAAUAAGUGCUUUAUAAUUUGGUUGAUUGGCCAUAGCAAAAACAUGCAAAAUUGACUAUUAUUAUGAUUGCCAACACAAUGGAUUUCCCUGAGAGACUCAAACCCAAAUUACAAUCAAGACUGGGAAAUCAUAGGGUUGUAUUCAGACCUUACACCAGUGCUCAAAUCGAAACAAUAUUACAAUAAAGAAUGAAAGAGAAGAAAAUUAAGGAAUUAUUUGCCUCGAACACUCUAAAUUAUCUAGGUAAAAAGAUAGCCACUAUAUCUACUGACAUUAGAAAGACUUUGUGUGUUUGUAGAAAGGCAAUUGAGAUUGGCAAGGAGGAACUUGUCAAAACUGGGUAAUUUAAAUAAAUUGAAGUUAAUCACGUUAAAUUAGCCUAUGAUAAAAUUUACAAUAAGGCUUAUCACUCAUGCUUACAUUCAUUUAGUAGAUCUCUGAAAUUACUGAUAAUUACUAUUGCCUUAGAAAUUCACAUCAAAGGAUAUAAUGUAGCAUAUCUCCAACAAGUUCUUUCGAGAUAUAAUCAAUACUUAAUAUAAAAUAAAGAUGAUCCAAUUGGAUAUUAAGAGAUGAAAUAGAUACUGCUGAAAUUGAGUGAGUUGAAUUUAGUAGAAAUAAAAGAAUAGAAUGUUCUGUUAACCAAAACAUCUUGGCAAUAGAAAGUGAAUGACUCCCUCUAAAAGGAUAAUCUUAGAAAUAUUAAUGAAGUGAUGAUACAUUUGAAAAUAAAUGUAGACGACAUAAAGAAUGGACUAUCAAAUGACACCUUGUUUUUAUAAUUUUCUUAGUUUUUCUGA